UUGAACCCAUGACGGGCAUGUUAUUAAGUCGUACGAGUUGACGACUGUACCAUGAGACCGGCGCAUUCGAUAUUAUACCACUACAAAUAUUAAAGCCUUUGCAAUAAUUAUAUCCCAAACUGUAGCUUUGCUACAACGAGAAGCACUAUUCCUGCACUAUGCAUCGGAAGACUUUGACGAUAAUAUUUUUGACAUUCUGCGAAACGUGUUCGAGUUCAUGGAGCAACUUGAAGUUUCAAACUUUACCAUAUUUAUAACGGCGAACCAAUCUGAAAAAAGUCUAAUGAAGGAAAUCCAAAGGUAUAGCAAAAUGUACAAAACGAAAUUUGUCAUUAUUGAACAGCAGGACAGCAUAAAUCUGUACGAUAACACUUUGUGUGUACAUGAUCUUACUGAGCAAUCCAGGGAACGGUUGUAUGAAGAUCGUUUACAACAAACACUAAACGUUUUAGAUACUUCUAUAUCGCUCAGUAAAAUUGUUCACCAUAACGAUAGUUUGAGUUUUCUCUGCCAUGUGCUAGAUGAUGCGGACAGUUUCGGUGAAAUGAAGUCAACCCUCUCAAACAAAGAUUGCUUCGACAUGAUUCAAUCCUGGUACAUUCCUCGUACCAUUGUUGCAAUCGAAGAUGCAGAAGAGCAGCAGUUGGAUAAAAAUGAAGAAAUAUUUCAUUGUACGUAUUAUGCGGAUAAUAAUAUAUCUUUCGAUGAUUUUUGGUUCAAAUCGGCCGAAGCUUCCCCAGUGCUGAGAUCCGUUAUAACGUCCGAGACACAAGAAGACUGCCACCUUCCGGACGUUUUGACGAACGAUAACCAACGCAUUGCUCACAUAGUACUGGAUGAAGCUGGCAGUGGGAAAUCCACAUACUUUACCUGGCUGUCAGCCAGACUAUCACAAACCGACCCUUCGCUGUGGGUGAUACGUGUGAACGCUAUGCAGUAUUGUACCGAUUAUAAAAGAUUUCAAAUAACCGACCCCAACCGGCUCGACGAAACGGCCGUCAUAAGGAUUCUCUACCGGCUCAUACAUCUUACUUGCUUCGUCACUAAUGUUUACAGUCAAACGAUACAAAAGACUGAUGUGGAACGUGAUCGAGCUGAUCAAGCGUCAGAGCUGUUAACGGUAUGCGGCGGGAAGGUUGUUGUCGACAAAGAUAAAGCAAACCAAUCGCGGCUGACGCUGGGGCAACUCAUAGAGCUGCGAGUUUUCCAAGAGAAGUACAACGGGAAGCAACUUAUUGUCCUGGUGGACGGUCUCGACGAGACUGCUCCUUUUUAUGUUGAAUUCUUGAAAACGUGUUUAGCCAAACUAGUGAGCAUGAAAGGCAUUCGCAAUCUAUACCUUUCCUCAAGACCGUACGAUUACAAACAAGAUUUACAAACGAAGUUCCCCAACAGUAGCAUGUAUCGUCUGAAAGUAUUUUCCCGAUCGGAGCAGAUACGAUAUCUAAAUAGCUAUUUUGUGCAACGCCUUAACGAUUACAAACAAUGCAACGUGAGUGAUCGCAUAAAAGUGCUGGGAAAGCUUUACUAUACCAUUAAGGAGUCGCUAGGAAAUUUAAAAGCCAUACCACUGUUUCUGCACAUGGCAUGCGUGAUGCAUGUACCCAUCAUUAAGCGGCACGUUAACUUCCAGCGUCGCACCAUUUCCAAAGCACUGUUCCGCAAAACAAACAUCGAGCUUUUGCAGCUGAUGGAAAAUGUUAUCGACGAAAAGCUAAAAAUCUUAACCGUACAGAAAGGUGGCACAUCGCAAUCGGCCCUCGAAAAUGUUGUGCAAAUCAUUACGAACAAAGCAUUCUACAAAAACAUCAAAAAACGCCACAUUUUAUCUGCCCUGCUGGUAAUGUUUGACAGAGAGCAACGAGAAGCUUUGAUGACGCCACAAGAGCUAAAAGAAGCGAUUGCUUCAACGGAGCAAAUUACAUCCGGAAUAGAGAAAACCGGCAUGAUCAAUACGGUGCUAGAUGACACUCCCCAAUUUAUGCAUCGUAUCUUUGUGGAGUACUUCGUGGCCUGUUGGAUGCAUGGGUGCAUGGAUCGUGUUAUGCGUCAAAGUUUCUUCCGUUCGUGGACAUUUUGGCAUCCCAAUUUCUAUCAAGUGCGUAACUUUUUCAAUCGGAUAAUUGUAAAAAACAGCCAAGGGUGCGAAAUGCACAUGGCUGUAAUGAAUGAGUCAAUAAGCCAAAUUGGGGACAUAUUGUCGAACAAUCCGUCUGCUGCAUUCGUCAGGGACGCUGUUGGUCGAUUGCCGCUUCACCUGGCAGCAUUGUACCCGUCAGUUGAGGGGCUAAAUUCGUUGAUCGAACAUAUGUCCAUUGAGUCCAUCAACGCUAAGGAUCAGCUCUUGCAAUGGAGUGCAUUGGACUAUGCAUUCGCCGGACGUUACGAUAGAGCAAUCAAAUCGAUCUUAGCAGCUGGAGCCACAGUCAAUCUGCACACACUGAUUCAACAAAUACUUUCCAACGAUCUGAAACAACUCUUGUUCAGUGCCCAUCUUUACGGAACGUAUUUGUAAGCUCACAAAGCCUCUGCCAAUAUGGCACAGCUCUUACACAUUCAAGUGGUUGAGUAUCUACUAAACGAUAUGCAGCUUGACAUUUUUGUUGCAAAGAGCGAGCUUGAAUCCCUCACAGUAGUAGAGUUUUGCGUUAAGGAAAACAUGUGUGACUUGUUCAAGCAAUUAGCAUCGCAAAAUAAUAACUUAUCACAAAUAAUAUGCAAAGAGUUUGAACAUUUGCUGAGCUUGGCAUUGGACAACAAUGCUUACAGCUUUUUUAUACACUUCAUCAUGGAGGGCAAAGUUACUCUUUCACAUAUCACCAAUACGGAAAAGCCCAUUGCUGCUCUGAAAUAUACCAUACAAAACAAGCUUAUGCACCCAUUCAAGCUAAUCUUUCAACAACUUUGCACGCAAAGCAAUAUUGUUUUGCUUGAAGAAGCCAACGUCCCCGAUGAAUCUGGUGCUGUACUCUGCCACAAUAUGCCACCACUGGACAAAAAUUUAUAUCCAAAGAAGUGCUGUAAAAGUAGCAUCAGAAACUAUCUUCAUGCUGGACCUGAACAAGAUAUAGAACAUAUACUACAUAAUGGUUAUAUUGUCGAAGCUCUGCUAGCUACAGCUAUUCAUGAGGAAAACGUACAAGUGUUUCAAUACAUUCUUCACAAAACAAAUUUGACCAUCACCAACAAGCUGAUUGUGACGAUCGUGGAGUUGCUACCAAAGGGGGGAAAUGUUUUCCAUGAACAGUCGUUUCCUGCAUUCCAAUAUCUGAUCGAUAAUUCAACAGACCUGCAUGCUGUUGAUGAAGAUGGAAGAAAUCUACUCCAUGUGACAGCUCAAAGUGGAUGCUUCUUUAUGUUUCACUGCUUGAUCUCAAAAGGAUUCGAUCCAAAUGCUGUUAACUUCAGAAAUGGAUGGAAUGUGUUUCAUUAUGUCGCAUUCAAUGCGGACGGCGAUCAGUCGGACAAAACGUUGGAAUACUUAUUGAAACAUUGUAAUAUGGUAUGGUUUGAUCUAUUCGACAAAUUUAUAGAUAUGGAUGGUGCAACAGAAAAGGAUACCCUUUCUACAGCUAUCGAUCAAAAUUAUGCGAGCUCAAAAAAGAUCAGCAAAAGACAAUAUGCUCUCCUUGCAUGGCAUGUUUUAUUGGAAAGACCGGAAAGAGCUAUGCUACUGACUGAUCAGGAUCAAGAGGAAGCUCUCCAAAUCAUAAGAGAGAUAUCUGCUGGCAAUGUACAAAGCAGAAUCAUCACAAAAGCUCAAGAUGACAUACCUCAGUUUGCAAAUCAACUGUUCGCGGAAUACCUUGCUGCUCAAUGGAUGUAUGAUAACAAGCAUCGGUUGAAGGACGAAAGCUACUUUCGAUCGUCGUCGUUUUGGUACUUAUACCGUAUGUGGGAUUUGUUCAACCGUAUCAUUUUACGAGAGAGCGAAGGAUGUGAGGUCCACAUCGCUAUCGUAAAUCAGUCUCCCCAGCAGGUGUUUGAGCUAUUGAUGAAGAAUCCUUUAGCGGUACUCACCAAGGAUGCUAUAGGACGCUAUCCGCUUCAAUUAGCAGCUAUGUAUCCAUUAGAGAUUUUACUAGAUCUCUUAAUUCCGUUGAUGCCCUUUCCGUACUUUGACGAUAAAGAUGAUUUCUUGCAGUGGAGUGCAUUGGACUACACAUUCGCUAUGCGUAUUCCUGCUAAUAAUCAAAAGCUUCUAGCAGCCGGAGCAGAGGUCGAUCAACACGUAUUGCUGCAACAGAUAUAUUCUAAUAAGUUGGUAGAAUUGUUGUUCAACACUUAUCACUACACACAAUGGUUACAGUCUCAUGAAAGAUGUCAGUCAAUGGCGAACCACAUACGCACACAAGUUGUUGAACAUUUAAUGAACGAAAAGUGUAUCGAUAUAUUCGCUCAAUUAGAUGAGCUGGAUUCACUAAGCGUCGUAGAGUAUUGUGCCAAACAAAAUAUGCUCGAUAUGUUCCAGCAGUUUGUUUCAAAAAUUAGCAAUCCCUCAAAAAUAUCGGAACAAAAUUAUGCUGAUUUACUUGAGCUGGCAUUUCAGACCAAAGCUUAUGAUAUAAUUGCUUAUUGCAUUGAUUUGUUUAAAUUUCCUUUUCCGCACAUCAAUGAUACUGCAGGGCUCAUUGCAGCUGUGAAGUAUACCAUACAAAAAAGGUGUAUGCACCCAUUCAAGAUCAUCUUCCAACAACUUUGCAUUCAACUCAAUAUUUCAUUGAUUGAAGAUACAAACUACCUCGACGAGCUAUGUGUUUUGCCGCAUCAACAACUGUCACCACCAGAAAAGAAUCUUCAUCCAAUCAUUUGUUGCGUACAUACCGUAAUCAAUGCUGACCUAACGAUGCCCCAAUAUGAUGCAAAAGACGUCCUACAUGAAGGUUAUGUGGUCGAAGCACUUCUUGCUGUAGCAGUUCAGGAGAAAAACUUGCAAGUGCUCCGAUACAUUCUUCACAGGUCAAAUUUGACCAUCACCAACAAGCUCAUUGUGCUGAUCAUGAGGUUGUUGCCGAAGGGAAAAGGUAUUUGUCACAAGAGUUUGAUGUUUGAAUUUCAGUAUCUGCUAGAUAAUUCAACAGACCUGCAUACUGCUGACGAUGAGGGAAGAAAUCUACUACAUGUGACAGCUCAAAGCGGAUGCUUUUUCAUGCUGCAUUCCUUGAUCGCAAGAGGUUUCGAUCCAAAUGCUGUUAACUCCAGAAAUGAUUGGAAUGUGUUCCAUUAUGUCGCAUCCAGUGAGGAUGAUGAUCGUUCAGACAAAAUGUUAGAAUAUUUAUUAAAACAUUGCAACAUGGUUUGGUUUGAGCUGUUCAACGGCUUUCUAGGCUCAGAUGGCGACAUGGAUACAGCCCCUAGAAAGCUCAGCUGUCGACAACUUGCCCUAUUAGCAUGCUACGCUUUGUUGAAGGAAGAGGACAGUGCUUUGCUACUACCUGAUCAGUACAUACUGGAAGCUCUGCACUGCAUAAAUAAUAUAGCUAAGGGUAAUAUAAAAUCUGAAAUCAUUAAAAACGUAAAGAAUGGCAUGCCACAGUUUACUCAUCGCAUAUUCAUAGAGUACCUUGCCGCUUGGUGGAUGUAUGAUCACAGACAUAACAUAUCGAAGCAUUCCUUUUACAGAUCGUGGAAAUUUUGGAACAAAAGUUUACAUCGACUGCGAUAUUUGUUCAAUCGAAUAGUUAUUAAAGCUAGCGAAGGAUGCGAUAUUCACGUGGCUGUUAUCAAUCAAUCAAUGCAACAGAUAUGUGAAAUUUUAUCCAUCAAUCCUUCUGCUGUAACUGCUCAAGAUGCAUUCGGUCGCAUGCCUCUUCACUUGGCAGUAACAUACCCGUCAGUAGAGGUUGUAAAUUUGUUGCUCAACAAAAUGUCUCACAAGUCUAUCAGCGCUAAAGAUCAGUUCUUGCAAUGGAGUGCCUUAGACUACGCGUUUGCAUAUCGAUCCCUUUCAAAAAUCAAAAAAAUAUUAACCUGUAAAGCAACAAUCGAUCAACACAUAUUGCUUCAACAGAUACUGUCGAAUGGCUUGAAACAACUGUUGCUGAGUGCCCAUAAAUAUGGGAUUUUUUUGCACACUCAUGAAAGCUCUAUAAGAAUAGCAAAGAAACUUGUGAUUGAAGUGGUUGAGUAUUUACUAAAAGAAAAACAACUUAACAUUUUUACUCAAAUCAAUGAUUUGGACUCCCUAUCAGUCCUUCAGUUUUGUGCAAAGCACAAUAUGUUCGACAUAUUUCAAUCUCUUGUAUCUAGCGUACAAUAUCCCUUACAAAUAUUGUCUAAAGACUUUUAUCAGUUGUUAGAGCUGGCUUUUGAAAGCAAUGCUUAUGACAUUAUAGCUUAUUCCAUCGAAGUGUUCAAAAUGCCGCUUUCUAACAUCAACAAUGUAUCGGGGCUUAUUGCUGCUGUAAAGUAUACCAUCCAAAACACUCAAAUGCAUCCUUUCCAAAUACUUCUUCAACAAUUGUGCACUGUACUGAAUAUUCCUAUGGUUGAAGAUACAGAAAUCUUCGAGGAGCCUAGCAUUCAGUACGAGUUGACCCCUCUAGACAAUAAACUUUAUCCAAAGAUCUGUUGUAUGCGCAAUUCUACAAACGAACACCUAUCGUUGCCAGCAUAUGAAGCAACGGACGUCCAGCAUGAAAGUUAUGCCAUAGAUGCCCUUCUUGCUGUAGCAGUGCAAGAAGGAAACAUACAAAUGCUCCGAUACAUUCUUCGUAAAACAAACAUGACUGUUUUCAACGCUCUCAUAGUGAUGAUCAUGGGACUGCUCGCAACAGAGGAUGAUGUUUGCCAUGCUAAAUCAAUACCUGCAUUCCAGUAUCUUCUUGAUCAUUCAACGGAUUUGCGGACUAUCGACCGCAAAGGUCGCAAUCUUCUUCAUCUGACAGCUCAAAGUGGAUGCUUCUUCAUGAUACAUUGCUUGAUCGCUAAGGGAUUCGAUCCAAAUGCUGUUAACUCCACAAAUGGAUGGAAUGUGUUCCAUUAUGUCGCAUUCAGUGAGGAUGACGAUCGCUCUGAUAAAACUUUAGAAUAUUUAUUGAAACACUCUAACAUGAUUUGGUUUGAACUGCUAGAUAACAUGUUAUUCUCAAACGACGUAACCCUAUCGGGCACUUCCUGCAAAAGUAAUGUCAACAAUGACAUCAUAGUAAACUCUAUGCAACUAACUAAACAUCAAUAUGCACUACUGGCUUUAUCUGUUUUGUUCGAUAAACAAAAUACAGCUAAACUACUUGCAACUGAAGAACAACAUGAAGUUCUACAAUGCACAAAGGAUAUAGCUGAAGGUAAAUUACACUCCGUUAUACUUAAGGGUAUUAAAAAUGACAUUCCUCUUUUUACACAUCGAAUAUUUGUUGAGUAUCUUGCGGCAAGGUGGAUGUAUGAACAAAGGCAUCGCAUGAGUAGCGAAUGCUUCUUCCAAUCAUGGUUUUACUGGAACAGAGAUUUAAUACGAAUGCGAGAUUUGUUCAAUCGCAUCAUUUUAAAGGACAGUAAAGCAUGCGAAAUGCAUAUGGCUGUUAUCAACCAAUCUCUACCACAAGUUCGUGAUUUAUUAUCAAAAAAUCCUUCAGCUGCUUUCGUUACAGAUGCUGGUGGUCGAUUACCGCUUCACUACGCAGCUAUGUACAGCUGCAGUGAGGUGGCGAGGUUAUUCAUCGAUUCCUUACCCCUGAAGUUUAUCAAUGCAAAGGAUGACCUAUUUCAUUGGAGCCCCUUACAAUAUUCAUACACUUUUCAAUCUACUAAAACGUACAAUAUGCUCCUGGCAGUCGGAGCUGAAGCCAAUCUAGACUUAAUACUACAACAAAUAUGCUCAAACAACUUGCAGAAUGUAAUGAACUAUCUAAGUUAUCAUGGAAAACGUUUGAUGUCACACGAAGCGUACAAAACAAUCGCUUGUCAACUUCACAUUAAAAUGGUUGAGCAUUUGCUCAUCGAAAGGCAUCUGGAUAUUUUUCUUCCAAACGAUGAGCUGGAUUCCCUCACAGUUCUAGAGUACAGCGUGAAAUGGAAUAUGGUUGGAGUUUUCAAGCAAUUUGUAUCACAAACAAACGAUUCCUCUAAGUUCACCGACCAACUGUACAGCCGUUUGCUUGAACAGGCAUUCCUAUAUAAUGCUCACGAUUUUGUUGUUUAUUUUAUCGAUGAAUGUAACAUACCUCUCACACAAGUGAAUAACACUGCGGGACUCAUUGGUGCUGUAAAAUAUUGCAUACAAUCCAACCAAAUGAAAACGUUCAAAGGUCUCUUUCAUCAGCUAUGCCUUCAAACGGAAAUUGUUUUGGUAGAAGACGGAGACAUUCUAGAAAGCCUAGAUGUGCCUAUUCAUUAUAAUACACCACCACAGGACAAGAAUCUGUAUCCAAAAAUCUGUUGCGAAUGCAACGCUACAAAUCCUGAACUAGCGCUGCCAGAAUAUGAUGCAAAAGAUGUCCUACACGAUGAUUAUAUUGUAGAAGCUCUUCUUGCAACAGCAGUUCACGAGGGAAACGUGAAAGUACUCCGGAACAUUCUCUACAAAACUAACGUCACCAUUACCAACAGGUUGAUUGUCGUGUUAAUGAGAUUGAUACCAAAGGGUGAAGCUGUUUGUCACGAAAAAUCGAUACCUGCAUUCCUGUAUCUUCUCGACUAUUCAAUCGACCUGCACACUGUUAACAGUGAAGGCAAAAAUCUGCUCCAAAUAUUAGCUCAAAAUGGCUGUCACUUUAUGAUGCAUUGCUUGAUUGCUAAAGGAUUUGUUCUAGAUGAUAUGAGUGAUAGGAUUGGUUUCACUCUAUAAAUUUGUAAAUUGAAUAAAGAAAACAAAAAUCAUAAUAAUGAAAUAUAACUUAGUAUCAAAGAAGGUUAAAGAAAUAUUAGUUAAAAAUAUUCUUAAAAAAGAGAACUGUAAAAUCAUUCAAAAGAAGCUUUGUCGAUAAAUUAAACAUAGUGUAAGUUAAUAAGAUAAGUUUAUAAUAAAUAAAACAAAUUGAAAAGGCAAUCCUCACAUCGUCUAACUAUAUUAAACACUCUUAAAUAUAAACUUUUAACUAAACCUGUCCCACAGCACAAGCUUAUUAUUUUGUUCCCUUGUGUUUCGAACCAUCAGCAUGAAAUUAAUUGAAUUGUCACAUAAUCAUCCCGACAGCUCCCAACCAAAGUUCAAUGCCUUCCGACCGUAAUCAAUAAAAUCGAAUCGAUCAACAUCAGUUGCUGACCAAAAAUAAAAGCCCUGCGACCAAACCAGCAGCCAAAGACAUCACAGCCAGCCUAACGACCCAAUUCAAUCACCUCUAAUCGUCCGUUUCAAAUUCGACUACAAUGACCCCGAAAGUGGUUAGAAGAAUUGCACCGUAAAUUGGCUUUCUCUGUUAGCUUGUGUCCCACUCUCAAUCGUGAUGUUAUUUACUGUUUACUGUAUUACUGGCUCCAUAAAUUACCAUUUUCGACAUGCGGACGAUGCCGCUCAAUCGUGUUUUUCAAUAAAGCAAUCUUGGCACAUGAUCUCCUGCUAUUGAUUUGUAUUAGUGACAGCCGGUACGGACAUUGAUGCAUGGGAGAUUAUUGUUUAAUAGGUUCAAAAAUGCUGUCGUGCAGAAGCGUUGUUUAACGGGCAACAAGUAAAGUAUGGAGAAGUUGAGAUUUUUACUACUAAGUAAAAGAAACAGUAAAAGAAACAUGCUUUGUAUAAUACUUAUUACUAUUUUUUUCAAUUUAUCUGACAUUCCGCUUGAGGCUCAACAGACCCAGUGAUAUAUGCACAAAUUAAUUCGAUAAUUCACCGAAACCUAUAGCAUUGUCUUAAAACACAACCCACCAACACUGUUCAAAUGUCAAAAAAGGUUUAACAGAAUGUUGCUUUUGUCCUCGCGAUAAAGCACCUACUUUACGUACAGAUACAGAUAGUUCCUGUUAAAACAAUACAACACAAACCACUUCCUGCAGCGAAGAUCAAAGGUCAAUCAGAGCAUUGUUUGCACAAACAUGCUCUAAAUGUCAAAUCCUUCGUGCACCUGUUUGGGAUGGUCGUGCUGAAGCUGAAGCUUGUACAGUUGAAGCCCUGGUCGGUCCGUUCUUGAAGUUGAAGUGAAUAAUUUAAUUGCCUAACAAGCAGAUGCUGUUUCCAAUAACCGUAGCUAGUAACAACGAACUUGAAAACAAAGAGGAGUUGUCUCACUGUUUACACUUGUCAUGAGUAGAAACAUUCUAGUGGGACAAUCGUUUUCUGUAAACUCCACAGCAUCUUGUUGAUAUUUGACUAGGCGAAUGGAUCAAAAGAACGGUUGAAAUCAGUUAAAAUUUGCUGUUACGAUUAUAAGGUCAUACGACAGCAGACAACACAAAACAGUAUCUAUAGUAUGUGCUGAUUCAUUCACCAAGAGUUUAACUUUUCUACUGUAGAAUUUUGGUUUUUAUUUGCGUAAAAGAACGUGAUGAUUACAACAUACAAAAAGAUUAAUUUACUACCUACAUUUUAAAUCAAUUCAGAAGAUAAGCUAGUCACAGAAAAAGGUUCUAUUUUUACUUCCAUGGUAUAUGUCUAUCCUAAUUAGAUUCAAUCACUCACGAUUAAUGCUGUGGCUGUUAGUGUGUCUCGUUCUAUUUUUAGUUCCGCUUAGCUAAAUAAAUAUCGUGUGACUGACCAUUAUGCUUCUAGCAGAGAAAUAUCUCCAUUAAAUGCUUCCCCUUUAAUUAAAGUGAAUCUCAUGUUGCUCUUCUCCAGCCAGCAGAACUAAACUUCAACCAAUUUCCAUUCGGUAACUCUUACGAACAAUCCAGUUCAAACGAGUGUAUGCCACACAGCUGAAAAUCAAAGAACGAUUUACCACCGCCAAUUGAGCACGGCAACUGCAUGGGAAGCGUAUUGAAGCCAACCAACAGCCCAAACACAAACCUCACCGAUAAGUCAUAACACAACCCAACAAAACAGGGAACCGGACUACCAGAUAAAUCGGAAACCACAGCAAAACCGACAAACAAACUCACCGCCCCCGACUUGCACGAAGAGCGUCGCCGAUGCCAUGACCCUACUGGACGACGCUUCCUGGAAGGACACAAUCCAGCACGUCUGUCAGCUUACGACGACAAACUGUUGCUAUCUACGGUGGUGCGGUGCGAGCUGCACGAAACACGGACAGUCAGCUUCGAGAAACUCAUAAUAACAAACUACCAUUUCCGUUCCACUACAAACUUUACCACUUACUUGCCCCAUCCUUUUUGGCCACUACCUACGGUGGCUACUUCUUUACGGCGAUAUGAAUGAUUGCACGUAUCUCCUUGCUUCAUCGUUACCUAACAAGCAUAUGUGUCUUUUUCCGACCGGCAACGGUCGACAUUGUCAUCUCGCUUUAUCCUUAUCGCUCUUUUUCCCGGUGCGGGCGAGAAGGUUAAUAUGUUUGAACUUCAAUCUGUCAUCCUUCCUGGUGCGGUACUGUUUGUUGGGGAUUUUACGGAGAGCUUAUUACUCACUUCCUGAUCUCCAGUGAGCCAGUGCGGUCAGUGGUUUAAAAUGAACCUCUCACCAACAUUAUCGACGCUGGAAAUUCAAUCGUAAAACGGAGAUAGAAACGGUACGAGUGUCUGUCGGUGAUGUACAACUUUUGCAAUAGAUGCUGUUAGUUUUGAUUGCGGGAAGUGUUCGAAGAGUUUUUGUUUUCGGAAAAGCAUGUCAAAGCCACAAUUAGUCAGCUAGACCUGUAGAUUUUCACGUUAUAACAAAAUCUAAACCUUUAAUAAAAAAGAGAGAAACCGGAUGUGAUCCCAUGACCCUUGCACCCAUGUUGUUAGCUAAUACACAUGACAAAUCAGAAUUAUCCCAUGCAAUUGUCAUAGUCUUUCUAUUUUGUAUCAUCCAAUAAAACUUUGGAGCAUGAAGUUGAGAUUUGGAUAACAUUUCUAAUCUAACCGAUGCACAACACGUGUGCAUUCUCAUAAGUCACGCAACACGUCUUUCGGUCGCGAUGAUGCAGUUUUAAUGAGUUUUCCCUCUCCUCGCGUAGCUUCUAUGGGUUUGCCCGGUGACUCAAACUAAUUAAAGAAACUUAUAAUAAGCUUCCAAAGUUAUGGCACUAUUGAAGGAUUCAUAUGGGAGGUAUAUGAGUGCACUGAAAAUAGGGAAAAAAACAUAGAGAAGUGAUCACUUCUUUCCCGAAUAUUUUGUUUAAUAAAACUUUAAUAAAUUGAAGUGUCGGUAUUUAAUAAAUGUACACAAGGGUUAAAAAUAAGGAAAAAGGCAUAUUAGUUUUUCUGGUACCGAAGAAAUUAUUUUAGAUUAUUUUUUUUAUUCUAGCAUGAACCAAACGAUAUAUCCUAACGACUAAACAGAGGAAAGCAAAAUUCUAUUGAAUGCAAAGUGCAUAACAUGUGUACACAAAUAGCGAGUGACCUGUGAUGCCAUAACUCGUAACCUAUUGACUUCUAUGAAACAUGCAUGGCUUGUAAAAAUUGUGGUUGGCACUCUCCGCAGAACGAAGCAGUGUAUCACCGUUAUGUAAGUGGCUUAACAAAUAGGACUAUAAGCCAAGGUAACAUUUGACUAGCGACCCGUUGCAACCUCUGUUCAAAUGGUCCAUAUUUUCUGUGUCAGUUUUCCAAUGUAGCAAGAUAUUUUGAAAAAAUGUGAUCUAGAAAUUAAAUAAUUUAGAAGAAAGUGCUCAAGAGCACGUCCGAAGUUUAUAUCAUACAAAAAACUGGAUAAGAUGACUUUAAAAUGCUGUUUGAGCUAAAUCUUGGUAGAUUACUACCAUACCACCCGUUGCCAAGAUUGACUGUACACUCAUGUCAAACCAAUGUUGUUACGAGCUUAACAUUCCAAGUGAAACGACAUCGAUCAUCGGAGCACCAGUUUCGACAGCCCGAUUGGCGUGAAUGGCGGAACAACCGAUAGCAACAUGCCGUAUCACCUGGAUCAGACAGGCAAAAGGCAAUCGGAAUUACGACCAUUUGAUUUCUAGGAACACCGUAACCUCCCCCCUCCCCACGACACCUGCACGUACGACCGUACGAGCUCUCCCAGCAGGUGCGAAAAUUACCCUCCUCCCCGGAUGUCACUGGAAUCACAUAACGAGACUAUCCGCCCAUCACGUCGUCUGAAGGGAUACAGGAAUAUAUCGAGCCCCAGAUGCCGGUGCGUGUAGGUGAUGGGAAAGGUUUUGACUAAAAUGGCAUGUCGAACGAUUCAUCCUCACAGCUACAUAUCGGUUUCGGGACGACUUCGAACGAACGACGCAAGCCGAAAAACGAGAAAACAAUGGGAGAAAUAGGAUAGCCAUGGCAUUACACAAGGUGAGGCUUUACUCGCGGGACCGAAUGUCAAAUUCUUCCCGCGAAGAGCUUCAACAAUCCGUUACAAUCGUCGGAUGAGCAGAAAGAUGUUCUCUUGCAUGGCAGUUAUCAUCCUUUGUUUCAGACUUGCAGACGCAUUUUGGUCACAGUCUGUUGACAUUCGCAUGCAUCCCACAGUAUCUUCUAACCAUACUCAACACAACUCACACUAUCGCUGCCAGCGGAGCCGGAUGCAUUUCCCCGACCACGCUGUCCCUUCCAGACCGAAACACAGAACGUAUGUCCUCGGGUUCAAUUCUAUAGCAUGAAACAUCAAUGCUCGAAUUGCAUAUGCAACUUCCCUGCCACACAACUGCAUAAAUCCCAUGUCACUCAAGGCAACGCGUCGGGCCGAGGCGAGCAGACCCUUUGUACGACGAGACAACGUGUCGGCGAA